AUGUCGGAUUCCAUACUUCUUUUAAAUGUCGGUGGUGUACAUUACGCGACAACGAUGGAAACAAUACAACAUUAUCCCAAUUCUUAUUUAAACCGAUUGCUAAUGAGUAAAGACCCGUUGAAGGACGAGAACGGCCGCCUGUUCAUCGAUCGUGAUGGUAAACUUUUUCGCUACAUUUUGGAUUACUGUCGAUACGGACGAGCGAGUUUGCCCACACAUUUGAAAGAACUAAAUCGACUGAAAGAGGAGGCCAUAUUUUACGGUUUGGAUGAAAUGAUUUGUCAAUUGGAGGAUAUGAUUUCACUGGAUCCUCGGUGGAACAGUCAGUUGUCUUCCUGUAUAACAAUCGGGUAUCGUGGGACAUUUGGUGCUUCCCGGGAUGGAACAACCGAUCUGCGAUUUCGUAAACUGGCUCGCAUUUUAGUGGCCGGACAGACUUUGGAAUGCCGCCGCGUGUUUGGUGACGCGUUGAAUGUGACCCGGGAUCCAGAUACAGGAAGUUCCUACUCCAGCCGCUUUUUCCUAAAACAUACCAUUUUGGAACAGGCGUUUGACUUGCUCUAUCAAAACGGUUACGAACUGGUCACGUGUUGCGCUUCGGGAACCAGUGCAAGCAACGGAGAUAUCAAAUUUGGGCAAGAUGAGGAGGAACCACAUUCACGAAAACUUUGCCAGAAGUUGCUCACGCAAGCUCACAUACAUUGGGUAUGGAUGCAACGCUUCUAUGUAUGGUUUUACUUCUCUGCGAGGUGA